AUGUGUGGAAACCUGCUCAUCAUCCUGGCAGUCAGCUCUGAUCCCCACCUCCACAAGCCCAUGUAUUUCUUCCUCUGCAACCUGUCCUUGGCUGACAUUGGCUUUGUCUCCACUAUAGUCCCAAAGAUGCUGAUGAACAUCCAGACACAGAGCCAAUCCAUCACUUAUUUGGGAUGCCUAAUACAAGUGUCCUUUACUUAUCUCUUUGCAUGUCUGGACAAUCUGUUCCUUACUGUGAUGGCUUAUGACCGGCUAGUGGCUAUUUGUCACCCCCUUCACUACACAAUGAUCAUGAACCCCAGGCUCUGUGGCUUGUUAGUUAUGGUAUCUUUCCUUAUCAGCAUUCUGGAAUCCCAGCUACAUAUUUUAAUGGUGUUACAACUUACUUUCUGCUCAGAUGUGACAGUCCCUAGUUUCUUCUGUGACCCUCCACAACUCUUCAACCUUGCUUGUUCUGACACUUCCACCUAUACCAUACUGAUGUAUUUUUUUGGUGUUAUCUUUGGUGGUGUUCCAGUCUCUGGGAUUCUUUUCUCUUACAUUCAAAUUAUUUCCUCCAUUCUGAGAGUCUCAUCUUCAGGUGGGAGAUAUAAAGCCUUUUCCACCUGUGGCUCUCACCUAUCAGUUGUUUGUUUAUUUUAUGGAACAGGACUUGGGUCGUACUUCAGUUCAGCUGUCAAAUCUUCUGCCAGGAAUGGUGCAGUGGCCUCAGUAAUGUACAGCAUUGUAACCCCCAUGCUGAACCCCUUCAUCUACAGCCUGAGGAACAGGGACAUAAAAAGAGCUCUAAGGAGAUGCCUCAGUAGCACAAACUAA